UACGCAUCGUCCCUAUGACUGUGCCAUAGAGUUUGUUCCAGCACAUGCAGUGAAAUGGCAGAAACCAGUUUUUCUCAGGACCAGUUCAGCUGUCCGGUGUGUCUGGAUCUCCUGAAGGAUCCAGUGACCAUUCCCUGUGGACACAGUUUCUGUAUGAGAUGUAUUACAGAGUGCUGGGAUCAGGAGGAUCUGAUGGGCGUCUACAGCUGUCCUCAAUGCAGACAGACCUCCACUCCAAGACCUGCUUUAAAUAAAAACACAAUGCUGGCUGAAGUGGUGGAGCAACUGACUAAGACUAAACUCCAGACUGGACCUGAAGGUGUGGAGUGGGAGAUGAGUUUGAAAGAGCGACAAAGAAAGUUUCAGCAGUGGGAAAAAGAUCUUGAGUUGAGAGAGGCUGUGGAGUCUCAUAAAGUGGUUUUGGAAGAGAGAAAGAGAAAAUUCCAGCAGAGAAUCCAGCAGAGGGAGAAAGAUCUUGAGGAGCUGAGAGAGGCUGUGGAGUCUCAUAAGCGCUCUGCACAGACAGCAGUGGAGGACAGUGAGAGGAUCUUUACUGAGCUCAUCCUCUCCAUUGAGAGAAGCCGCUCUGAGUUGAAACAGCGGAUCAGAGAACGGGAAAAGGCUGCAGUGAGUCGAGCUGAAGGACUCAUAUAUCGACUGGAGCAGGAGAUUGAUGAUCUGACGAGGAGAGGCGCUGAACUGGAGCAGAUUUCACAAACACAUGAUCACAACAAGUUCCUCAAGAGUUUCCAGUCUCUCGCUGUAUCUCCUGAAUCUGCAGAUGAACCCAACAUCACUGUCAGCUCUCUCCUCUCUUUUGAUGAAGUGAGAAAUUCUGUCUCUCAACUCAAAGAAAAGCUGGAGGAUUUCUGUCGAGAGGAGAUAGAUAAAAUACCUGGCAGAGUAACAUAUGUUGAAAUUAUUCCCACCAACGAACCCAAGAUCAGAGAGGAGUUCCUUCAGUACUCCAGUCGGUUCACUCUGGAUCCAAACGCAGUGAAUAAACACCUCUGUCUGUCUGAGAGGAACAGAGCGGUUACCUUCACUGAUGUAGUCCAGCAGUAUCCUGAUCAUCCAGACAGAUUUUGUUAUUUUCCUCAGGUGUUGUUUAGAGAGAGUGUGUGUGGACGCUGUUACUGGGAGCUGGAGUGGAGCGGGAGUGGAUUUGUGUGUAUAUCAGUGUCUUAUAUAUACAUCAACAGGAAGGGACAGAGAAAUGAGUGUGUGUUUGGAUAUAAUGAUCAAUCCUGGAGUUUGAUCUGCUCUACCUCCAGAUGCUCAUUUAGUCACAAUGACAAUCAUACUGAACUCCCUGUACGCUUCAGUGGCUGCUGGAGAAUUGGAGUGUAUGUGGAUCACAGAGCAGGGACUCUGUCCUUCUACAGCGUCUCUCACACAAUGAGCCUCAUCCACAGAGUCCAGACCACAUUCACUCAACCUCUCUAUAUUGGGUUUGCAGUUAUUAGUGGGUCAGCAGUGAAACUGUGCGAUCUAUAGAUUAUGGAGAGCCGGCUCUACAUAUCAGGGCAGUGAAAUUAUAUUAUGGAGUUUAGUAAAUUAUUACUUUCAUUUUAAUAAUAUAGAUUAUAAUAUAAAUAACAUGACAUAAAUAUUUAAACAUCACAUUAUUAUGAAUGCAAUUUUAAAAUCCAUUAAAGAUCUCAUUUGAUCAAGCUGGCAUGAGGAAAAUGUAUUUACACAAUUUAUUACUUACUGAAAUCCUAUUUAAACUUCUUCUUCUUCUUCUUCUUCUUCUUAUUUUUCUGGCCGCAAAAUUUUUGGACAAAUUCAAGCUACAUACUCCAAACUCGGGUCAGACCUUCAUACUGUUCUGAAUUGGUGUGCUAUAUCUUUUUA